CUGGGGAUUCUUUGAGGGUUUUUUAAUAUCAUGAUUUUCUUAGCUCUUUUUAAUUAUUAUGUAUAACUAUAUAUCCUUAUUAGGUGGUGGAUCAUGGGAUUUCAAUUGAGCUUAUGGACAAGGUGGAGAAGUUGACCAAGGAUCACUACAAAAGAAAUAUGCAACAAAGGUUUGAGGAUAUGGUGGCUGCUAAGGGGCUCAAUGGUGUCCAGAAUGAAAUUGAAGAUCUUGACUGGGAAUUGAAUCCACUUUCUUCUUGAGUCAUCUCCCUUCCUCAAAUAUCUCUGAAAUCCCAGAUCUUGCAGAUGAUUACAGGAAGAUUAUGAAGGAAUUUGCAGUGGAGCUUGAGAAGCUAACAGAGAAGCUAUUGGAGUUGCUAUGUGAGAAUCCUGGUCUUGAGAAAAGUUACCUGAAGAAUGCCCUCCAUGGUUCGAAGGGUCCAAACUAUGGGACAAAGGUCAGCAGCUACCCUCCCUGUCCCAAACCAGACCUCAUCAAAGGCCUCCGGGCCCACACCGACGCCGGCGGGCUCAUUCUUCUUUUCCAGGAUGACAAAGUCAGUGGCCUCCAGCUUCUCAAGGAUGGCGAAUGGAUCGAUGUCCCCCCGAUGCGCCAUUCCAUUGUCAUCAAUCUAGGUGACCAGCUUGAGGUAAUCACCAAUGGGAAGUAUAAGAGCGUGUUGCAUAGAGUGAUCGUCCAACCCGAUGGAAACCGAAUGUCACUAGCGUCAUUCUAUAACCCGGGGAAUGACGCUGUGAUCUACCCAGCACCUGCAUUGGUGGAGAAGGGGGGAGAAGGAGAGAACAAAAAGUAUCCCAGGUUUAUUUUUGAUGACUACAUGAAGCUUUAUGCUGGGCUGAAGUUCCAGGCCAAGAAGCCAAGGUUUGAAGCCAUGAAGUCCAUGGAGAGCACUUUGAACACCUCUCCAAUUGCCACUGUCUAAUUUAUUGCUCUUAAG